UUUGGUAACUUAGCAAUCGAAGAAUAUCACGGUUCAUUCUGGAUUGGUGAUCGCCUCAUUCGCAAAAGUGGAUCUGGCCUUGUUUUCUUGGCCAAAAACAAAUCAUCCACCAACUCAAAUUCAGAGUUUCUUGUCAAAUCUUGUUUAAUGGAGUCAUCGUCUUCACUCCAAUACGAGAAGGAAGUGCUAUGCAAUCUAGGGCCAUGCUCAAAUCUAGUGCGUUGUUAUGGAGACGAAAUAACGAUGAACAAAUCAGGCGAACAGAUUUACAAUGUCGUGUUCGAGUAUUGCUGCGGCUCAAGCCUGCGUGAUCACAUUAUCAAAUUUGGGCGUAAUGGGUUACCAGAACCCAUAGUUCGCAAGUACACAAGAGACAUUGUUCAUGGACUCUGUUACAUGCAUUGCAAUGCUCGUUACAUUCACGGUGACAUAAAACCAAGAAACAUCUUACUAUCACCAAGUGAUCAUAAAGGUGGUUGUUUGGUGGCUAAGUUAGCUAGUUUUGGGUUAGCUAGGAAGCUCACUCCUGAAGUGUUAUGCGACGAGGAAAUCAGUGGUUCAGGAUCAUACAUAGCGCCAGAGUUGGCCAAAGAUGGCUAUCUAGACUGGCCUGCUGACAUUUGGGCACUUGGAUGCGUGGUGCUAGAGAUGUUGACUGGAAAACCAGCAUGGAGCUUUGAAAGUGCUUAUAAUUAUCUAAUGGACUGCAACCAGGAGAUACCAGAAAUCCCAAGUAAAAUAUCAAGUGCUGGAAGAGAUUUUGUAAAAAGGUGUUUGAUCAGAAGUCCGUACAAAAGAAGACCAACUUGGCUGUUAGUCAAACAUCCUUUUGUUGCUGAAUGA